AUGGCGGAUGUAAUAAGAUCCAAGGACGGAGGUCGCGUAUAUAAGAAGAUUGGCGACUUGCCCGGACACAUUCGCAGACUGGCAAUCACAAAAGCAGCUGACAUGCAGUUCUUGGCGGUUCUGUUCCUGGCGGCCGUUGCUUCCGCUCUUCCGAUGGAGUACCUGGAGAGCGACGCCGAACCUGUCCCCGCCCUCAACUACGGCUCUCGUAGCUACCACCGAAACUACGGCUCCGCACAAACACAGAACCUUCACGGACUCAUCGUCAACAAGAGGUUCACUGAUCCUCUUCCCGAAGCCGUCGACGAGCCAGUCGUCCUGUACAAUCACGUCCGCCCUUACCCUGUCGGCCAUAGCUUCGUUCACCCUUACACCUACAGCCACGCCCACGCCCUCCGCAUAAGGCAGGCCCAGCCCGAAGUAGACCUCUCCGUCGUUCACCCACACGCCUACACCUACUCCCACGCCGCUCCGGUCGUCUCCUACGCCUAUCCCUACACCUACAGCCUCGGCUACGGCAGAGGCUUCGGAUUUUAA